AUGGGCUCACUCCAAGUAUACCCCUCGACAAGUGCACUGCCAUCUUUAUCGCCCAUUUCUACUACAGAGACUCGGGUGACAAGAAAGCAAGUCCUAGCAGCGCUACGAACUCAGAGAAUCCCAGUUCCAGACCUCAUUCCACUUUUUUCACACUGGCCUUCUAAAGUCAGCCCAGAGCUGGAUAAACUACGAAAGGACGUGGAUACAUGGCUGAAUACAUUUUCAUUGCCUAGCAAGGCCCUGGAUGCGUUCAGAUCGUCAGACUUUGGACAUUUUGGGGCUACAUGGUGGCCAUAUGCCUCAGACUUCACACGCCUGCGGAUUGUAACAUAUGUGGCUAUUUGGCUUUUUAUUUGGGACGAUGAAAUUGACAAUGCUACCGGAUCGAUGUGGGAGGACUGGGAAAGUGCGCAAAAGUUUCGCCUAGAUACCAUACAAUACGUCGAGUAUUGCCUUGGCCUAGCACCCGAAGACCAAAAAGACCCUGAGCCACGGAGCUCUAUUAUACGGGGCUUUGAAGUGAUUGGUGUUACAAUUCGCGACUCCUGCAGUUUAACACAGCGAAAGAUGGUCUUUGAUGAAAUGAAGGAAUUUAUGAAGCAGUCUGAACAAGAACAACAUAUACGGCUCAACAAUGACCGACUCCCAUCUGUUGCUGAGUUCUGGAACUAUCGUCUUGGCGCUAGCGCCGUUUUCAUCUGUCUCGCCAUAAAUGAAUAUGCCUAUGGAGAUAUGGAACUUCCUGUAGAAAUAUUCGGAGACGCGGAUAUGAAAGAAAUCUGGCAACUAACCAAUAUAAUUAUUUCAGCGUCAGGCUCUUUCUUACUUGCUUCGUCUACGGGAUAA